CCGGUAACACCAGCGUGGGCCGUUGCAUUAUCUGUGCCUAGAAAAGUAAAAUCUUGCGCUGUUCUUUUUUACUUCGCAAGUGUUUUAUUUAAUUUCUAUAUAAUUGAUGAUAUUUUCGCCAAUAAAUGUUAUUUAAAAUACGCGUGUACAUAAUGAAAGUGCUACCGUAACGUACGUGGUGAAAUUUAUAAAGUACUGUGCAGUCGUAAAUCAUUGUGAGACGGACGCUUGUCAGUUGUCAGCAUUCGUUAUUUUGUGGGUCGUAAUAAUUGGUCCUAGGACGUCGUGGGGAAUACCAAAUUGCCGUAAUCGAUGGUGUGGCGUUUUCAUCGGUAAUUGUUGGCGGGAAAAGGUCCGCUGGUGACUGGUGACUCAUAGAGGACAGGACGUUACCAUGGAUACGGAUGAUGGGGAAUCCUCGAGCAGCGGGCCUAUGUCCAGCCUGAACAGCUUGUUUUCCUUCACUAGCCCCGCUGUGAAGAAGCUUUUGGGAUGGAAGCAGGGUGACGAAGAAGAGAAAUGGGCGGAGAAGGCGGUGGACAGCCUGGUCAAGAAGCUGAAGAAGAGGAAGGGCGCCAUCGAGGAGUUGGAGCGGGCGCUGUCUUGUCCCGGCACGCCGUCCAAAUGCGUUACUAUACCACGGUCGCUUGAUGGAAGGUUACAGGUUUCACAUCGAAAAGGUCUUCCGCACGUGAUAUACUGUCGAGUAUGGAGAUGGCCGGACUUACAGAGCCAUCACGAACUGAAACCUCUAGAGAUCUGCCAGUACCCCUUCAGUGCCAAGCAGAAGGAGGUUUGCAUAAACCCCUAUCACUACAAACGCGUUGAGAGUCCAGUCUUACCACCUGUUCUGGUUCCACGUCAUUCGGAGUUCGCCCCCGGCCAUUCUCUGCUCCCGUUCCAAAGGACAGCAGAGCCCUCCAUGCCCCAUAAUGUCUCGUACUCCGGGUCAGGAUUCCCUCCGUCAGCCAGUUCUGAACUGCCUGAUACUCCCCCGCCAGCGUAUUCCCCGCCUUCAGAAGACACGGAGCCUCCUGGUGAGGUGGCGCCGGUUUCCUACCAAGAGCCACUGUACUGGGCGUCGGUUGCCUACUACGAACUAAACUGCAGAGUGGGCGAAGUGUUUCAUUGUAACUCGCAUUCGGUUGUCGUGGACGGCUUUACUGAUCCAUCGAAUAACAGCGAUAGGUUUUGCCUGGGCCAGCUGAGUAACGUCAACAGAAACUCCACCAUUGAGAACACAAGACGUCACAUAGGCAAAGGUGUGCAUCUGUACUACGUGGGAGGGGAGGUGUAUGCCGAAUGCCUGUCGGAUGCGGCGAUAUUCGUCCAGAGUCGUAACUGCAACCACCACCACGGCUUCCACCCGUCAACCGUGUGCAAGAUACCGCCGGGUUGCUCGCUCAAGAUUUUCAACAACCGCGAGUUCGCACAACUCCUUUCUCAAAGCGUGAACCACGGCUUCGAAGCGGUAUACGAGCUGACGAAGAUGUGUACCAUACGUAUGUCGUUCGUGAAGGGCUGGGGGGCGGAGUACCACCGGCAGGAUGUGACAUCGACGCCGUGUUGGAUCGAGAUCCACCUGCACGGGCCGCUGCAGUGGCUGGAUAAGGUCCUCACGCAGAUGGGCUCCCCACACAACGCGAUCUCGUCCGUCUCUUAGCCGCCGCAUGGACGUAUUAACACCCACCGAGAUUUCGGUAUUUUUAUUAGAGUCGUCAAUCUCAUCGGAAUGCAUUUCAUUUUUUUAUAAACGAAAUUUUCGGAUUUGGUUCGAGCGAACACUUUAUGCACACAACCUUCGGAAAAUAGCCUUUGGCUUAGCGUCUAACCGCCAUUUAUAUUAAACGAUCGAAAUCGUUUUUUCAAUCCAUCGCGUAAAUGGUCCAAUCAAAAUAAAGUUUUAUUGACAUGUGUUUAUAAAGACUUCAUUUGAUUGGUUUAUUCCUGUAGUCGGUUCGAAGAUAAAGAUUGGGAUCGUGUAUUAAAACUCUUGCACAUCAAAUACGAGCAAGAUGUCAAUCAAAUAUCAGAAUUAUGUAUCGUUUCGUUUACCGCAUAGCGGAGGUUCGCAAAGUGCAAGCCCGACCCGAAACUCCCACGUACGUUAGUGACCGCAAGGCGAAAACAAAAGCAGCUCAAAGUGAGUGUCCAAUUUUAACGUAAGUGUACAUUAGAGUAACUAUAAAGACAUAUAAGAACUUUAAGUAAUUAUACUCGUGAAUGUUGACAAGGUAAUUAACGAUAUUAUUGAUGUAAAUAAUGCUUUUAAUAUUGAUUUAUAUUUUUAAUAGAAUUUGCAGUGUAAACUAUUUUUUCCAUCGGUACUUCACGACAUAAUAAAUUUGAAAUUAUUUAUUAAUCAAUAAGAUAUGUCUUCAAUUAUAUUUUUUUGUACUCUGAAACUUAAAACUAAAGCAUUAAUAGAGAAAACAUAGUUUUCGUGAACUGUACAUUGACCCUUAAUCACCUUUAUACUCCAUGCACAUUUUUAAAUAUAUGAAAACCGGUUAUUCAAAGGCAAAUGUUAAGUUUGUUUACAUCGGCUGCAAAUUCCAUUAAAAUACGUGAAAAUAAGUAUUAAAGUCGUGUACGAUUUGUUCGUCGCAUAUUUUCUUAAUACGUUGCUUCAUCGGUUUGUCUGUAUGUAGACGUAAUCAAAUAGAAAAUUCUGCAUUUGACGAAAAUUGCACGACAAAAUUCUUAAAGUUACUGCGAACUGUGCUAAGCGACACUAUUAUGACCUACUUUCAGUAAAUAUAAAUUAUGUUUGGCGUUUACUUGGCGCUUUAAACACAAUAUGAAACUUUUUCGUGUUACCAAAAAUAGCAAAGAAUAUUUAUAUAUCAUGUCGCUUAGCAUAGCUAGACUGCGGCAACCUUAAAACAAAAUUAUAUCCAUCAAAAAUCGAUAUCAGUUGAUAUUAUAUACUUGUUAUUUUCGCGUAGGUAAAAAGCUUAGUUUCUAGAUUAUGUUUUAGCUUAGUUAUAAUGAAAGCGCAAUUUUAAUUUUUAACAUUUAAUGUUAUAGGUUUAUGAUUCCGUGGUUCAUUGUGGGGUUAAGUAACUUAUGAUUAAGUUAUAACUUUGAGUAUAGAGAAUAGUUUAGUAGAAUAUUAAUGAGGAUAGGAAAAACUGUCUAAAUUGAACCUUUAGAUCGAAAUAGGUUAAACCAUGAAUUCUUGGGAAGGGGUCAAUUUAGACCCCUACCAAAACACAGAAAAAUAUUGAAAGUACACAAACAAAUUGACCUAUUACCAAAAAGGGAAUUGUAAAAAAAAUAUGUUAUAAUAUGCAAUGUUAUAAAAUGGAGAGAAAUUCAAACCUACUUAGCGAUGAUCUCAAUUGAUUAUAUUUUAAAUAUGAACAAAAUAAAAAGUAAUAUAGCGCACAUGAACCACUCUAUCAUUUCACAUUAGUGUUGUAAGUGUUUUAUUGUACACUAGAUUAAAAAUAUUUUAUUGCCAAAUAACUCCUAUACUAUUAAUUCUGGUGAUUAACCGAAUCUAAAUCGAAAUACAAAAAAUUCCCAAAUAAAUGUGACUGAGUCUAUGUCAAAUUGUAGCUAUGGUUUUUUCACUGUUGGCCAAGGGUCUAUCAUAUUUUUCCUUCUAUUAUGUAACCAGGAUUACCUGUUUUUGGCUGACUAUAGAUAAAGUUUAAGUUAGCUUUACUCACAAAGAUAUUAGAACUCAUGCCCUAAAAAAAGUUAUUCGGCAAUAAAAUAAUAAUAUUUUUAUAAGUGCCAUCGCAUGAGUUAAUAAACAAUGUUUCUAUUCGUCUUUUGUAAAGUGUAUUAUUGAAAUUUAUUAGUUUAGCCCAUUUCCAAAUUGCCGACUUGACCGUAACUUAAAACGAAUUGUCACUUCUAGUAACUUCUUAAUAUUGAAUAUAGAAACCAACCAAAGUCUAGUGCUCACAUUGGGCAACAUCAUCCCACCGAUUAGGUUCAUUUAUUUAGGGGGAUAUUUGUAAUUCUAUGUGUUACGAUAUAUAGCUUGCCUGAUGUGCGCUGAUUCUAACGGAUUUUUCAAUAUAUUAAAACUUCUAUAAAACCGAAAAUCGUAAUUAGUAUGCAUAAAAUGUUUGUAAACCGUACCUUCGUUGCGUUUGAAAAAAAAAUGAUUUACAUUUUUUGGAUAGUUCCCAGUACUUCAUAAAAUUUCUUAAUCUUUAAUUCAGAUAAUUAUCCUACAGUGUUUUGCAAUAAAAACAUUAUUUAACCGUCGUCCAAUUGUCGGUAAAUUUGGAAAUUGGCACCAAAUAUUUGGACGAACUUGUUUAUUUGUAAAUUAUGUUCAAAAUUGUUAUUGUGUAACGAAAUUAUGUACCGAAGAAUAUUGACUCGUUUGUUCGGGUUGUAAAUAAGAUGUUUGACGUCACAGGGUGUAGGCUGAGUAGAGAUGGACGUGGUUUAUCGAGGUCGUUGAAAUUUUGUCCACGAUUUGCAGUUAAUUAAUGUUGAGCGUUAUUAAUGUAUUGAGUAAUUUUUCACUUCUAGUGAUGGCGAAUUUGUUAUAACAAUAGUAAAAAUUCAUAAAAAAAAAAAAUAAAAAAUAUGGAUUGUUGAUGAUAUGGAAAUUUCCUAAUUUUAAAUGUCGCUUAACCAAAUGUAACUUGUUUUAACAUAUUCAUCGACCUCAAUAAACGUUUGCAUCGUUAUUUUUGAUCUACAUUUUUUAAACUAAAUCGGGACACCGUAUGCUGUUAACGAGGUUGACACUCGCGGCGCCUUCGGGUCUUCUUAAGUGACCCGUCUCUGGCCACGAGUUUUGGUCUCAAAUUGAUCUCAAAAUAUUAAGUUCCUUAUGAAGAACGCCUGUAGUGUCCCGGGCCUUAAUGUAGUGCAAUUGAUGACAAAAAUAUUAUUAUAUGGGAUAUAACAAUACAGUGAUGCUGGUAAAGGCCUUAUUCAUACUUUUGUAUGUAUUCAUAUUGUACGUAAGGGCGUGUAAAUGUGCCUGCUGUAGACAGUGCCGUCCAGGAUUUAAUGUGAACUCUGUAUGCUCGAUCUGGUGAUUGUUGUAAUUUAAAAUAUAUUUGACCAAAUUUUAAGGAUUAGUAACGUCUGAGCCAAAAAGAAAAAUGUCUUAAUAAUUAUAAAAAAAAAAAACUACGUGAAAAGAAAGUAAAUAUUUUUUAUUUUAAAUUUAUAUGCUCGAUUGAUAACUAAAAAGUCUAUUAAAUGUUAACACCUUCAUGUGAUGUAUGGUACUGAAGAUAUUUGACAAUUUCUAUGGAAUUGUAUCUUUCACCAGGUCGCGUACAUUUAUACCAAUAAAUAUAUUGUAUGUAUAUUAUAGACAUAAAUAUAUAUACAUUGGUAUCAGUGAACAAGCAAGAUCUCUGAUUCUAUUUAUCUUUUGCAUGAUAUUCAAAGCGGCGGUAGCCUAGUCAGGUGUAGAACGGACUGCCGAGACGAAUGUCCGCAGGUUCAAAACCCAAGGGCACACAUCUCUGUCUUUUCUAAUAUCAUGUGUGUAUUCUUCGUAAAUUAUCGCUUGCUUUAACGGUGAAGGAAAACAUCGCGAGGCACCCUGCAUACCUGAGAAGUUCUCAAUAGGAAUUUUGAGGGUUGCACAAAUAAUUUUAAUAGGCACAUCAAAUACGCCGACUAAAAUUAAUUCUAAAAAUAUAUAUUAAUUGUACUGACAUUGUAGUGAAUACAAAACAUUAUUCUGUAAAUUUCUUUACACGUAUUCUUAUGUUAUAUCAAUUUUAAUUCACAGAGAUAGUGCUUGUUCAUAAUUGAUGCUGUUCUUCGCAAAACGUAUUUCACCAUUAUGGUGUUUUAUUUUAUUUUUAUUACAAUAACGUGCCUUUUACAAUUUGACCUUUGACAAAUGCCUUAUAUUUAUAUUUUUUUUACAUUAAAAAGAAAUAGUAUUCAUAUUAUUACUGCAUUUUGUUUAAUAAUUUGACUAUUAUAGUGCCUAAUUGUAAUUAGAUUUAAUACCAACAUUAUACGUUAUUUCUUAUUCUGUGUAUUUGUAUGAAAAUAUUUUGGUUUUUGUAUGAUGUGACAUGCAUGUUUUUAAUGGGUCAUUUUUGACCCUUUGAAAGAAUGUCAAUUAAAUUAUGGCAUGACUAUAUUUAUUUCCGAGAAAAAGUCUUGGAAUACGUCAAACAAUUGAAAAUUAUACUAAAAGAACUAUUUUUACCAAAAAUAACUUUAUUAAUUUUUAACAACUUUGUGAGAUUUUUUCGAUAAUGUUGGUGUAUUCAGAAGUUUGAACAUAUUAGUUCGGAUACUUCCCACUAAGAUCAUAUCUUUUUAUUUUAACAGUUAUUUUCCUUUUGAUAUUCAAAGUAAAUAAAUGCUGAGUAUUUUCAUACAAAUCAUGUGGAUUCUCUUCGUCUGUGUAAAUUAUAGCAUGCUUGAUGUUUUACAUCAUUAUAUUGAUGACGUAUAUUUUAUAAACUAAGUGGAUUGUAUCAACUUAUGCGUGUUAAAUACUAAAAUAAACUAUUUAAAAUUGUGAAAUUUCAAGCAAAAACAAUAAAUAAAUAUUUUUGACACUGUCAAGCCACAUGUAUAGGUAAAUAUAUAAUUAUUUAAACGAAGUUUUCCAUUGUCACUCAUUGAAGAAUUAAUAUAUUUUGCGGUUAAACUUAAAUUUAUACUUUUACCAUAAAAUUAAAUUUUGAUACAAUUCAUUUGGUCUAGAUUAAUGUAUCGGAGCUGAUUUUGAAAGGCACUAAAAAUAAUAAGCGUUAUAACGCUUUAAAAGCCUUAUGUAGCAUGUUUUAUUUGCUUUAUAUUUAUACAAAGUUAUAUGUUGUGUCUUCAAAUCGGCUUCGUAAAGUUAGCGAGCGUGUGGAGCGAGUGCGACAUGAGAUUUUUUUUAUUGUAAAUAAAUUUUUCGUAUUGUGUUCGUUAUUCGAAUUUAUUUAAUUAGAUAUUUUAAGUGACAUCGCAUGUAAAGAGAUUUUGGCGCCUCGCGGCGGUCUUAAUCGCUGUAAUCAAGUGUUCAUUAUAUUAUACGUGUCAUCUUGGACCCAGGGUCGUAAAGGCCUCGUCACACUACAACAGAAUUUGUUCUAUAUUUUGUUGUAAAUUAAAUGAUUUCUUAUAUGCAAUAGCCGAUGUAGUAAAUAUAACAUGUAUUCGUAUAUUAUUUUGAUGGCGCUGACGGACGGAUGUGCAAAUUAAACCAGUGUGGCGAGGCCCUAACGAUACCAAUGUCGAUGAAUGCUCGUGAUGAAAGCUAAAAAGUAUUUAAAUCAAUAUAUUCGAUAUAUCGGUGUGUCUCAGUACGAUUUGUUAUAUUUAUAAUUGGAUUAAAUGGUUUUGGACUUGUUAGAGCGUAAAAAAAUUGAAAAAAUAGUUUUCUCGAUCACGUGAUAAAAUUAGAUUUGUCGAUUUAUGUAAAGAUUAUUUUAUGGCUCUGUUAAGUCUAAAUUAUGCGAAAUUUGUAUGUAGAUGUUUCGGAAUGUCAAAAAUAGCGUAUUCGUUUGUAAUUUGUACAAAAAGUGUUUGUUCGCUCCGAGUAAUGUAAGUUAGUUGUAAGUGCAUAGAUGCCAUCGUAUGUGUAAUUUUUAUUUUCUCCUGUUUAGCCAUUAAUAAAGUUUCAUUUAUUGAUA